GAAGCCGAGGCGGUGCGGCGAGUGGCCUCCUCCCCGGAGUUGUCGCUCGGGAGGGCCGCGGGCUUCAGCGUCUUCAGUGAGCUCAUGCUGCCACGCCGCCGUCACAGCGACAUCAUGCCGACAUCGCAGAGCUCCGGGCGCCCACCUACUCGAAGCGCUGGCGAGGCAGGGCUGCUGUGUCCGAGACCGAAGAAGGGGUCCCUCUACGAGACGUUUCGCACUGCACCCAGGCUUGAUGCACGAGACAGCGGCAACUGCGGCGCAUCGGGUGCAGCCCAACAGGAUGGCCUUCCCUCUUUUGGGCCGCGGAUCAGCGCCGAAGAGUUGGGACCCAGCUCUCAAGGUGCCCGGAGCCAGGGAGAUGGUUCGAGCCAGACGCCCACUGGUUCACGAAAGCGCAAUGGCAGCACGGGCGGCACGGCAAGCCCACAGCGACUAGCCAUGGCUUGCUGCGCCGGAAGCAGCGAGGAUUGGCAGCAGCUGGCCUCGCUCGGUGAGGCCACGGGAACUCUGGACGUGACUUCCUCGGACGCGGCUGUCGGAAGCCAGGUGACGCAGGCGACCGCUGGAAGCCCGCUUCUCGAUGCGGUGCCGGCGUUGCCGGCCAUCGACAAGCUCAAGGCCGAUGCGGCAGCGGAAGUGCCGGGCGAGAGCCAAGCCAAGCCUGAAGAGAACAGCUCCAGCUGCCAGGAGUCCUACAAUCUCGCUGCCUCUGCCUUACGUCGCACGGUGAUCGGGGCUUUACCAGCUACUGGGAACGCCACGCCGCAGAGCACGCCGCUGAGCACCUGCCCGAGCCCCUCCCACAGCGAACGCUCGAAGAAGUGGAUCCUCGAGCGCUUAGUGGAGGCCGGUGCUCUGUCCAGCUUCAAGCCCGGUCCGCCAGCCGAUGCCUGGAUGACGGAGCCUGAGAAUCCUGACGCCGGUGGUGGGCUGCGGGGGAGCAGCCCGGCACAGCUGCCGCAGCUACGUCAGGAAAGUGGUUCCUUGAAAGUGGGCCUGGAGGACGGAGACCCAGCCGUUAUACCCAUGCCUUCCGGU